AUGGGAGAAACGAUAGUUGGCGUUUGUCUUCUACAAGGGACAAUAAUUCAUAGCAUGCUUGCUCUUCGGAUACUGGAUUUUUACCCGAAACUGCUCAAUGAUAUUUGUACAUCAGAGGAUUACUACGGCGGUUUAUCGCCACUACACCUAGCGAUCAUCAAUCAUGACGUGCAGAUGGUUAGGAUACUGCUACAAAGAGGCGCCGAUGUGAACCAAAGAUGCUACGGAGCCUUCUUCUGUGCGGACGAUCAGAAAAGUAGUCGAACGGAUAGUUUGGAACACGAGUACGUCGACUUAACAACGAACACCAACUACACCGGGUGA